ACAAAAUGGAGCUAUUCACCUGCUUCUCUACGAAGGGAACAGCUUUUAAAAUGACAGUUGUGACCUUUAAACUGCCUGAAACCUUUGGCCGUUAAGAGGGAUGCACCCCUGCAGGAUACAUGACAAUUAAUUAAACAGUUGUAAGCAAAAUGCCCUCUCCCUGAAUAUAUAUAAGACAGCUGAGAGCCCGGUCACAACAUUCGUUAGGUGAAAGAGAACUUAACAUUGUAGACACCAUGAUUUCUGUCUACUCUGUCCUGUAUACUCUGGUGCUGUUCUCUGAGCUGAGCAGCCACUUGGUCACUGUAGCCAUGCCUGCAACUAAAGGAGAAGAUGGCGUAACGGAGCAAGAUGGCCUGUUCCUGGGGGAUGAGUCCAUGACUGAGCCCGCUGGGGUUCCUCUCUCGUACAGACGAAACCUCAUGCUUGACACCAACGCGAUGGAUGAAGACGGAAGCCCUAAUAUCAUAAUCGUCUCAGACAUGGGGCUGAAAGGACACAGUAUUCGUGGGCUGAACUCAGCCUUCACCCGGAGCUUUCCUCUGCUCACAGACCGAAGCUUGAGCCACCCUCCUGCCGAGCGCAGUUUGACCAUUGGUCGCAGAAACACUGACGACGGCAUGCUGCGGUGUAUGAUAGGAAGAGUGUACCGACCCUGCUGGGUAGAAUAGUGCUGCCAUCCUGACCUGAAUGUGCUGUAAAUAUUUCUUCCUUCUAUAUGUGAUCAUGAAAUGUAGAAAAUGAGUACACAAACAUGUAAAACCAAAUAAAAGUUUAUUAAAAGUCUG